GAGAUGCCUGGAGGCAGGGGGGUGGCGCGGGCCCUCCCACGGGGCCCUCCCACGGGGCCCUCCCACGGGGCCCUCCCACGGGGCCCUCCCACGGGGCCCUCCCACGGGGCCAGCCUGAGGGAGGCCAAGGCGCGGCUCAGACGUCCCUCAGCAGACGAGGAGGAAGGUGACCAUGGGAUUACCUGCAGGAGGAGAAGGAAGCAGCGUCGCGCGCUUCCCCUGUGACGAGAAGGAACGGCCUGCGCAACGGCCUCCUGCUGGCCUCCGCCUCCGCCGCCGUCCGGAGCCUCCGUCGGGGGCGACACUCACUCACCGGGCGAGGCGCGGACACGCCGGCUCCAAGGCCUUUCAGUGAUGGUGUUGCUAUACUAUAUUCGCCAAACUUUAAAUCGAUCGCAGAUCGUUGCUCCUCAUUGCCUGCAAAAUGUAGACUUUGUGAAAAGAGCGCCGAAAAGCAUUUUGAAGGCUGCCUGGCCAAGUGGGAACGUCGUGUGAGGCCGGCGGGGCGCGGCGACCGUGAGCCCGAGUGGCGGAGGCCGGACGCUCGGCGAGUUAGGUCUCGUCCUCCUCAGCGCCGAAGUUGUUUUGAAAAUGUAUUGUUCAUUGCGUGGCCGCUCUGUCGGUAGAGUCUGUUUUAUGCGAAGAAUCACCCAGUGUCAGGACCAACCGGAGAGAUGCGAGAAAGCGAGAAGCAGCUAUCUUAAGUCCGACAACUAUUGGAAAUAUGUCCUUCGAGGUGGAAGUUGAACCCAGCGACGUCUCAGCUGAGCCCACGGAGCUGAAGAAGUUGCUGGAAUGGGAGCUGAGCCUUGACUCGGGCGACCUUCGUUCGCACGCAUGGUACCAUGGCACCAUUCCGAGGGCGCGGGCCGAGGAGGUGGUGCUCAAGGAAGGCUCCUUCCUCAUCAGAGACUGCAUAUCUCAGCCUGGUGACUAUGUGCUAACCUGUCGAUGGAAUAGCACUACUCUGCAUUUUGUCAUUCAGAAAACCAUAGUUCAGCCAAAUACUGUAUAUGAACGGAUCCAGUACCAGCUAGAGGAUGAUGCAUACGACACCAUACCUGACCUGGUUAGGGCCUAUGUGGGCAACAAGAGACCCAUCACCAUCUCAUCAGGUGCCAGAAUCACCACACCCAUUAAUCGUACACAGCCCCUCAGUUUCUAUGCUUCCAAGUAUGCAGCUCAGACCGCCCACACUUUUGCUCAUGGAACUCUCAGCAGGCCCAGCAACAGGACCUCCGAGCCCACACCCAGGACUGGAGGACUUCCUGGGGGCACGCUAAGGCACCAACAUUCCUACAGUGGUCCUGUUGCUGUAGGAUGCACUGUAGUAAGAAGUCCUGCACAUUCUCCUCCAAGGAUGCGUCGAGACACUGCACCAAUAUUGCCCAUGAAGACUAGGAGUAGUAGUACCUCCAGACCACCUGACGAUCCUCCUGAAGGUGGAACAGAGAGAAGUGUCAGCAACGAUGGGGUGAUUGGCCCACGCCCCCCUAUAGUGCAGAGUAAAUUUUCCUCCGUGUCACUGCCAAGGAAGAUGACAACGAAAGCCUUUACUGUAGCUUCUGAAUAUCCAUCCACAGUGCCUGUAGAUCCAGGUCAAGAUGAAAAUGUGACAUCAGAGAAAAAAGAAGAACUAGCUCAUCAGCCUCCACCAAAGCCUUCAAGAGUACCAUCCUUUAAAGUUAAGCCAAAGAAACCGCCACAGACAAUAACAAAUGAGAGAAUUUAUGCCGAGAUUGAUGAACGUGAUGAGGAUGAAUCUAAGGACUUAACGAAACACAUUCCUGCUGAUGACCUCGUAACACCAACUGAAACAGAGAGGGGGAAGACUGAGAGUACAACAACACUGACAGACACUGCAUCAAAUCCGCGUUACUCACGUCUGUCUGAAAUGUACCAGCCCUCAGGCUCUGACUCAGGAAAUGGCUCUGGUGACUCUGUACAGACUUCUGCCAGUGAUGCCAGAAAAUCUUUUUACAGCCGUGAUAGCCAAGCCUCCUUUGGUGACAGUGGCAGUGUACAGUUAGAGGAAGACUCAAUGGUUGAAGAGGAACCAGUACUCUACAGCUUGCCGGAUGUGCUUCCAACUACAGCCUUCGAUUUGGAAAAUUUUAAUACUCUUCUUUUAAACUCAUUAGAAAACAAACCUUUGGAUUCCACUGCACUUAAAGGUGUCAAGAACACACUACUAGAAAGUGGCUCAAGAAUCUUAGCUGCCCAUCUUACCCGUGCUGACCUAGAACUCUUGAAUGGAAAGGCUGAAAGUGACUUUGGCCUUGGUGUGACUUCAGGCAUUGAGCUUGUCACUCUACCUCAUGGAGCUCAGCUUCGGACUGAUCUGAUUGAAAGGACAGAGUGUCUGAAGCUCUUGGUUGCAGUGACCAUCCUGAUGGCAGGCGACCUUAAUGAGCGGGCCGAGAUUAUCCACAGAUGGAUACAGGUAGCUGUUGAUACAAAAACAGCAAUGGGAAACUUGUAUGGAUUUACUGGCAUCAUGUUGGGCUUGUGCAUGCCAGAGAUCCAGAGGUUGACAAACACUUGGCAUACUGUGCGGCAGAAGUUUACAGACUCAGCUUUCAAUUUUGAAUCAAAGUUGCGCUCAACUCUAAAGGCCAUGAAUGAGUGCACAAAUCCACAGGCUCCUAAUACCACUAUCCCUCACUUACUGCCCUUUAUGCUGCUAUGUGAACGAGACUUAGACGAUAUUUAUGCAAUGCAUAAGCAUGGUUCUUCAAUCCUUCAGUGGGAGAGCACAGCAGCAGACUAUGGGAUGCUAAUGCUCUUCACACACCUUCAAGAAGCCAGAGCUAUCACACAAAACUUGAGUCUGUAUAAACGAAAUUCAGAGCACAUCCUGUCAGACUCCAACAUCCUCGAUGAUCUCACUUUAGAUAUGUUUCGUUCAGAGUUUCACUUGAAGUUCCUAUGGGGUAGCAAGGGUGCUACAGUUGAAAGCGAAGAACGACAUGUCAAGUUUCAGAAGGUUGUCAGUACAUUGUCAGAGAGAUGCGAGCCUUCCCCAGGUGCUUCGUGAAUUAUUAUGCUCAAUUAAAGAUAUUCUUCCCAGUGCUAUAUGUAGCUGAAACAGUUUUAACUAACUGAAUUAAUUAAUAUCAGAUUUAUCCACAUUGAUGAUCAAGAUAAAUUUUGCACUGUGAUGGCAUUUAAGAAAUUAGAUGGCAUGGCUUCAGUAUGUUACAUAUAUCAAUAGAGAAAAUAUUCUCAAAUGACAUCAGAUGUCAGACUUAAUAUUGUAUUUUCUAGGAAAAUGCCAGUUUGGUGUAAUUCCUGUUCUGCAAAUACUUCAGUUCAUUUAUUUAUGAUAUACUGUGAAAGUUAUAUGAGAAACUCCUUUGGUGUGAAUGGCUCCAUAGCUCCUAUAUGUAUAUAUGAUAUGUAUGAAUUUUAUGCAUGUGUGUCACUAUAUAUGUGUGUGGGUUGUGGAUAUUUAUGUAUAUAAAAUAUUGAAAACUAUAUGUAACAUAUCACAGUGCAUAUUUAAUGUUAUCUACCAAUUUGAGCCUGGGAAU